AUGUCUCCAGUCAAUUAUUCUAUGGCGGAGGGCACUCACCCUUACGACCUCACUGAGAUAACUAGCAGCGGAAACGUGUAUGCCGAUAGCGAGAACAAGCCAGACAUCUAUGGAAAAUCCGCACGCUUCGAGAAAAUUUGCUACCCCAUCAACUUCUCACUCGCCAAAGCUCUUGCCUUCGAAGAGUGA